UUACCACUCCAUGUGAUGAUCCAGUCACCUCUAGCUCUGCUGUAACCUUUCCAUAAGUCUUGCCUUGACCAACGUCAAUCAACUAGUCACAAGACGGCAUGCCACAGUAAAGAAGUCCUUCAAACAAAGUGACCUAAUCUCAAGUAAUAGUUUGCAGUGUAAUAAUUCAUUAUUGUUCAGAGAAUCGACGAGUAUAUAUGGAUCUAGAGCUUGAUCUAGAUUCACUACUAACAGAGCUGCUAGAAGCUCAAAUGCAAUGGAAGUAUAUAGGAGGGGCACUAGGUCUUGAAGCAUACGAAAUUGCAGCAAUAGAUGAAAAGUGUAAAGAUGCAAAAGAUGCACUUAGAGAAAUGCUGACUAUCGUUCUCCAAAGGAGAUCUGUAACCAGGAAACUACUUACAGAAGUUUUAAGCAAAUCUUCGAUAAAACUCACUAAACUAGCAGCAAAAGUUUCAAAUCCAAGGAGUCAAGACGAUUCCAUUGACAGUGAAACACCAGUUUCAAAUCCAAAGAGUCAAGACGAUUCCAUUGACAGUGAAACACCAGCUCGAAAGAAGAGAAAGCAAGAUGAUAGUCCAGACAGUGGGCAGAUCAAAAGAAUUAAAAGCGGUGAUGUAUUAAAAACGCCAGGCCGUCUUGAACCACCUUAUAAGUACACAAUGACAAACCAACUACAUGGAAAUGCCCUAAUCAUCAACAACGUCAAUUAUAAAACUCCAUUAACGGUUAGAAAAGGUUCUAACGAGGACAAGAAGGAGUUGAAAAAGGCUCUCGAGACGUUGGGAUAUGCCGUAGAGUCUGUAGAUGAUUUACCAACAGCAGAUGAUAUAAAAACAACAGUUGUUGAGCAUGCCAACAAAAAUUCAAAUCCCGAUAGCUUUAUUUGCUGCAUUUUGGCACACGGAGAAGAAGGUGCAAUAGUAGGACUGGAUGGAAGUACGAUCAAAAUAGCUGAAAUUUCAAGAGCUCUAGUCGAACCCCCAAAUCCUUGUCAAAAGUAUUUGCACCAAAAGCCUAAAAUCUUUUUUAUUCAAGCUUGCCAAGGUAGAGACACACCAUCAGAACUUGAUUGCACAAAAGACGUACCAACUGAUCCUUCUCUUCCGGUUGAAAAUCUCGACACGGGUAUACCAUCUCUUCCUCGUGACAGUGACUUUUUCUACGGAUUUGCCUCUUCGUUUGAAACCGCAGCAACACGAAACCCAGAUCACGGUGCAUCGUAUAUACAAACCCUUUGCAACGUUCUUGAAACACAUUACAAAGAUGAAGAUCUUGUGACGAUGGUAACCAGGGUUCAUUUCAAAGAGGCAGAAAAUCCCCAUAAUAUCGGGAAUACAAAGCCCUUAUACCGACAACAGCCACAACUUGUUUCUACUCUAAGAGGUCAAGUAAAGUUCAACUAGUAAUUGAACAGCAAGAGUGUAAUUAUAAGAUACAUGCAACUGGAACUUUCUAGCUAUAAUAUAUAAUAGUUUACUAAUAGGCUAUGCAUGCAUGCAUGCAAUUACUUUUGUAGUUUGAUUAGAUAUACUACUCCUUUUGUAUCACAAUUAAUGCAUUAAUCCAGGUCUAUAGG